UGAGCUGAAUGGGUGUACUUUUAAUUACACAUACCACAGAAGUCUCCAUUUACUCUGGAUACAGAGGAUAUUCCAAGAGGACAUCGUCUCAGUUUUUUUUUUUACAGAAUUUUUUUUUUGGUCCUUCAAACUUUUCUGAACUUUUCUUGGAGGUUGAUUCCUGAAGUUGUGGUUCCAAACUUUUGUGCAGCUCCUUUAAGACUGUUGCAGUGGAAUCGCAACUAGGAGGAGAAUAACGGUCAUCCAGCUCUCAAGAUGCCACGUUCGUUCUUGGUGAAGAAGUAUUUUACAAGCAAGAAGCCAAACUACAGUGAGCUGGAGAGUCAAAAUGGUCCGAUCUCCGCCAUGGUUCCAGAGCGCUACCCGCUUGCAGAACUACCAACCAAAGAAGAUGGCUCCCUGGUGACCACCUAUACUUCAGCCCUUGUAUGGACCACCAGCUCCCUUCCACUUUCCUUCCCUCCUUCAUCGCCCACCACAUCGUCCUCCAUCGCACCCCUGGACCUCAGUUCUCCGUCCAGCUCAGGCGAGGAAGAUGAAGGCAGAACUUCAGACCCCCCAAGUCCAGAUCCUUCUGACUGUUUCCAGUGCGCCCAUUGCGGGAUUUCGUGUAGCAGCCGCGCCGCUCUAUCUCGCCACCAGCUCUCGCAUUGCAGCGCAGGGACCAAUGGUAACCUGGUCGAAAACUCCAACAUGGCUGACAGCACUACGACAAAAGCUGCUUUCCGGUGCAAACACUGCCCCAAAGAGUACAACAGUCUGGGAGCUUUGAAGAUGCACAUCCGCUCACACACACUUCCAUGCGUCUGUACCACCUGCGGCAAGGCGUUUUCCAGACCGUGGUUACUCCGCGGCCACAUUCGUACACACACCGGAGAGCGCCCAUUCUCAUGCCCUCAUUGCAACCGGGCUUUUGCUGACCGCUCCAAUCUGAGAGCUCAUCUUCAGACCCAUUCAGAGGUGAAAAAGUACCAAUGCGGCACCUGCUCUCGAACCUUCAGCCGCAUGUCACUCCUGCACAAACACACCGUCUCCAGCUGCUGCCCAACCGCCUAGACUCUCACACCCAUCCGCGAUGGGGGUGGGGGUCUCAGAAGCGUUUUAACCACCGCUCCGUUGACUGAGUCGGAUCCUGACUUGGUGGACGAGCUCAGGUUUUAGGGGCGAAGCGAGAAGAAAAAAAUGCUUCGGAAUGAACCCCAGAAAUGUUUUUCCCAAGUGCCUUAUAUUGUGUUUAUUUUUUCUUGACUGGUUUCAUACCAGACAAAGACAGAUUUAGGCAACGUCACGCAAAUGCUGCGAAAUGUUUUCCUAACCCAGUUCCAUUAAGGUUAACAGAGGGGGGUUGUGUUCUGCAGUUGGGCCAUGCGCCUCAUUCUCAAGAUGCCCGUCGGUGCCGGCUGGUCCGGCCCUUUCCUUUUGCGUGCAGCUGCUGGAGAGGGGGGAAGUGUGUAUAUGCGUGUUGUAAAGGGGGGUAUCUCUCACCAUGCUCCACACACACUUUGCAGCGAUGUAUUGGGACAGCUGUGUGAGCGGAGGCGGCGUGUCGACAGAUGAUUCAGACCCCGUAGAGCUUUCCGCACGUCUCUGAAAAAAAAAGAAGAGCAAUAAACGCUGUCAGAUCGUACCCACACCUAUUCCUAACGUCUUUUAUUUCCACACAUUUGUAUCAUGUCUCUGAAUGUGUAUUCCUUUUUUUUAUUUGAAUAAAAUGUAGUGUGCACUAAAACGUUGCAAAGCACAAUGAUUGUUGAAGAAAGAGACGCUAUGGAAGAUUUACGGUUCUUUAAUAAUUUUUUCACGGUGCCGUCAUGAGAUGAAAUUGAGAAGUAUGCAGCGAUGAUUGUUAAGUUUAUCGGUGAUACAAAUGAAAGAAGAAUGAAACCAAAGAUCGGUCCAUGACCUUUUGUUGUUUGCAAAAAAAAAAAAAAAAAAAUGUUGCAAUAAAAUGCUGCAUUGGUCCAUGGAGACUCUUGAAGCCAUAUCGAGACCCGAAUGAAUGCGCCUGUACAUGUGCCUUUUGUUCAUUUCUUAAACGUUGUGUAUUUAUAUAUAACGCUAUACAGUGUUCUUGUAACUGAGACUCUCCACAAUCACUCUUUUCUUUUUUUUUAUUCAGGUCCAUUGUAUCUCCAUUUUGACUUUUUUGUAUCUCCAUUUGAAGUGGGUUUUCAAUAAACUAAUUUAUGUUUGGAUAAAAAA